AUGAUGGUCCAGGUGACCGUGCCCGCCGCUUUGCGCCACCGCCAGCACGAGAUCGUCGAGUCGCUGCGGGACAAGACGUGGGUCGAGUUCAUCGAGCCCAACGUGGUGAUGCGCAGCACGGCCACGCAGACCCUGUCCUCGUCGUCGUCCAUCUACCCGUGGGGCCUCGACCGCAUCGACCAGCGCCAUCUGCCCCUCAACGAGCGCUACGAAUACGUCACCCCGACCUCCGGCGUUCGCGUCUACGUCAUCGACACCGGCAUCCUCACCACCCACAUCGGCCGUGCGGUCUGGGGCACCAACACGGUGGAUAGCAAGGACUACGAUUGCUACGGCCACGGCACGCACGUGGCCGGUAUCGUCGCGGGCACCAACGUGGGCGUGGCCAAGGACGUCACCGUCGUGGCGGUCAAGGCCCUCGACUGCACCGGCUCCGGCACCGCCGGUACCGUGAGCCUGGGCAUCGCCUGGGUCAUCCAAAACUGCCCCGUCGGCGUUCGCUGCAUCAUCUCCCUGUCCCUCGGCGGCGAACAAUCGAGUGUGAUGGACUCGGCGGUGAAGGCGGCGUACAAUAAGGGGAUAGUGGUGGUGUCGGCCGCCGGCAACUCCAACAUCGACGCCUGCACUGUGACGCCCGCGCGCUCGCCCUACGGCAUCACCGUGGGCGCGACGAACAGCGACGACGCCAAGGCCUUCUUCUCCAACUGGGGCGGCUGCGUCAACAUCUGGGCGCCGGGCGUGGACAUUCCCUCGGCCUACUUCACCAGCGACACCACCUACCAGAAGCUCUCCGGCACCUCCCAGGCCACUCCUCACGUGACCGGAGCGGUGGCGCUGUACUUGGGCGCGACGAAGAACGUGACGCCGUCGGAGGCUGCGGGCGCCGUCUACGCCAGCGCGACGCUCAACACGGUCACCGGCACCGACAGCUCGUCGAUCAACCGGUUCCUCUAUUCGCAGGUCGACCGCGGCGUCGUGCCCAAGACCGCCGCCGACGCCUGCUCGUCCAGCUUCCCGUGCACCUCGGUCAACGGCUCCCUCAGUGGCCUCAACACGGUGAACGUGCCCUCGGGCCAGAUCACGGUCACGAGCACGGUGGCGAGCUACGGCUACCUGCAGGCGUGGCUCGAGGCCACCGCCGACUUCGAUCUGCGGCUCCAGUUCUACAAUACGUCGACGACAGCGUGGGUCAACGUGGCCACCUCAACCGGCGGCACCGGCUCCGAGUGGAUACAGUUCGCCACCUCAGCGAGCGUCAAGUUCACUCUUGGUCGUGGUGGUGGCUGUGGUGAACAAGGCAUCAAGCGGAUUUACCCGACGGCCAACCUCACCAAGUCGGCCGACUGGGCCGGCUUCCCGCACCAAUACACCAACGUCUACUUCCUGUCGCCCCUCGACUCGCUCUACAAGACCAUCGGGAGCAAGGUCAUCCGCUUGGUGGAGGAAGAGUUCGGGACAGACCACAUCUACAACGCCGACACGUUCAACGAGAUGUCGCCGCCCUCUGCCGACCCGACCUACCUGGCCGCUGCCAGCCGAGCCGUCUACGAGGGUAUGGCCACGCAGGACCCGCAGGCGCUGUGGGUGAUGCAGGGCUGGUCGUUCGUGUUCGACCCCUUCUGGACCAAGGACCGCAUCAAGGCCUAUCUCAGCGGCGUGGAUAACUCGGACAUGCUGAUCCUGGACCUGGCCUCGGACAACAGCCCCGAGUGGAAUAAAACAGGUCAGUUCCGUGACUCGUACUUUGGCAAGGAGUUCGUGUGGUGCAUGCUUCACAACGGAGGCGGCGUGAGAGGGCUGUACGGCAAUCUGACGCAGUACUCGUCGGACCCGCUGAUUGCUCUCGCCACGCCCGGCAACACCAUGGUGGGAGUGGGGAUGACGAUGGAGGCCAUCGAGCAGAACCCGGUCGUCUACGAGCUCAUGUCCGAGAUGGGCUGGCGCAGCGAGGCCUUCGACAUCGUCGAGUGGGUGCAGCGCUACGCCGAGCGGCGGUAUGGCCUCGCGACGGGGUCGUCGCCAGUAGGCGAGGCAUGGGAGCUGCUGCGCGAGGCCACCUACAACCAGUCCGGGCUCGAUGCCGGCCUCUUCGGCUUCGCUCCUGCUCUGGGCAUGGGCCACGGCGGUACGUCAAACGCGACCAAGGAGGUGGAGGCGCUCCGUCUGUUCCUCCAAUCGGCCCAAACAGAGGGCUAUGCUCCCAACGGGCCGUGGCAGUACGACUGCGUGGACCUCACGCGCCAGGUGCUGGCCAACACGUUCAACGACGUCUACUCGCAGCUCGACGCUGCCUACACGUCCUAUGCCACCAACAAGAGCGACACGCUGCCGUUCCUGCCGCUCGCCGCCGAGUUGUUGGGAAUCAUCAGUGACCUCGACCGGCUGCUGGCCACCAACCCCAACUACCUCCUCGGUACUUGGAUCAAGGAUGCGGUGUCGUGGGCGUCCAUCCCAGAGCAGGCCCUCCACUACCAGUUCAACGCGCGCAACCAGAUCACCCUGUGGGGACCGGACGGCCAGAUCUCUGACUACGCCACCAAGCACUGGGCCGGCCUACUGAUGAAAGCGGUCGGUGCUGGGGUGAUGUUCAACAGCACCGCGUACGGCACGGAGCUGCUGCAGCUGGAGCAGAAGUGGAACCAGGAAAACACCACCUACCCCACCACGCCCACCGGCGACACCCUCCAGGUGGCCCUGCGGAUCUCUCAGAAAUAUCUGGACCGGUCGGCCUACGAAUCGUACUUCAUAAAGGUGGCCAACACGGACGCGUACGGGUCCGACCUGAUGCCGCACCCGACGUGGAGCACGGACCUGGCCCAGCUCCAGUGGCUGUGCCUCGCCAACCCGCUGUGCCGCGGCUUCAACACCAACGGCUGGCUCAAGGGCGACGUCUCGCGCCGCGUGCCCAACGCCCCGACCGAUCUCUACAUCCGCAGGGUCAGAUGA